UUGUAUUAAAAUAUUUCACAACAAAAUAAAUUUAAUUAAAUUCACCCCAAAACAAAAUAAAUAAAAAUAUAUUUAAAAUGUGGCCAAUAAUCAUGGGACUUUUACGCUCCAAUGCGGUAUUAAUAACACUUCCAAUUGCCUGUGUUGUUGGAGCAAUCGGAUACAAUUUGGAAAGCCUUCUAUCCGACAAAUAUACGCCUUACAGCAAAUCUAUUCAAGAAAACCGCGCCGAACGUUUGGCUAGCGAAAACACCUUGGACAAUGCUGCGAUAGUUGAGAAACUGAGGCUAAAUGAGAAUGUUCUCGAGCGAAAUCUAUCGCCUUCUUUGCAGAAAAAAGUUAAUGCUUAAAGAAUUGAUUAAUUUAAAAUUUUAAGAUAAUUUUUGUGAAAUGUGAAUGAUUGUUACGAAAUUAACGAGAAUGUUGAUGAAAAAUAUAAAAUAAGAACUGGAAAAUUAUAAA